UCGAGAUGAUUAGUCAAUUGCUUCUAAUAUUCCCCCCGCUGAUCGUGGCAACUGAGGCUACUUUGGGAACGCAGGUGGUCAGCUACGACAACAAGCGGAUGCUCCAGCUGAUCGAGGACUUCAAUGGAACCGUUGCCGAGCAGCUGUCCCUGGUGUCAGCCACCUGGGGAAAACUGAAGGCCGACUACCCGAGGGAUGUGGCCAAAAUCGAGGACUUGGAGGAGACCCUGCAGCAUGUUGUGUGUCGCAAGGAAGCUAAUGUCACAGUUCGCCAGCACCUGCAGGGCUACCUCAUUCGCGAGCAGAUCCGCGAGCAUUUGGAGAUCCUGAACACCACCGAGCUGUUCCGGCAAGCCUUGGACUCCGAGGAACACGAACUCGGCAAGUGGCAGCUGGCCAUCGGCCUGCACUCGCGAAGAUUCCACUGCCUCUUCAAGCCAGACCAACUGAACAGGGUUCUGGAGAGAGUGCUCCGAAGGGUUUACACCUUGCCGGGUUCCACGAAGCUGGCUGCGCUUUUUUACCAACUCUAUUUGACCGGAAACCGCCAGUCCUACGGCCUGAUGAUCCGAGCGGAGCUGAUGCUCUACGAUCGCUAUAAGAGGGGCGGCGAAGUCAGCCAGGAGUUCUGCGGCUACAUGGCCAAACUCUGGCAGAGCAUCCAACUGGAGGAGUUCUAUUCCGGUCUGGAUCAGAGCACUAAACAGCGACUGGUGGAUGCUGUUAUUGACCUCCUAAAAUACCUCUAGGUUCAACCCAUUAGGCAGGGCUUAAGUUAUGUGAACUUUAUUCGGUGUAAUCUGUAUGUCUUGUGAUUUAAUACUUUGAUUUUAACUUGGUUUCGUUUGUCCAGCAUCUGAGUUAAUUACAUAGGUGAAGGCUUGUGUUCUUUACAUUAAAAUAUCAUGUUGUACAUAGA